AUGUCUUCAUUACACGUAGGAUUAAAACAACGAAAGAAGAAGGAGAAGAGAGGAGGAGUGCGAGAACGCGUUUUGAGCGAAAGAAGAAGCAGAGGAAGAAGAAGAAACACAACACAGAUGACGGGAACAACACAAACGGUGGUUUCGAUGCGACACUCGUCCCGUUUGGAGUGUAAUAAUACUAAAGAUGGGAAUAAAAAAAUGCACAUCCAUCAGGGUGAGGGAAACGAAAAUUCCGUGCCGCCGCGGUCCCCGGCGAGAGGGAAAAAAGAGACGCUCGCGUUGCAGAAGAGAGAUUCGAGCGCGUCCGUGGAAACGGAGGAAGAGGAGGAUAAUUCCAGCUUUGGAGGAGGAUUACGGAACGAGAACACGAACGAGAAAGGCGCAGUCGGGAGCGCGCAACAAAACCAAAGCGAAGAAAAGAAGAGCGCACAAACGCGCGAAAAGGGGAACGACGAGGACGAGGACGAGGACGAUAUCGAGACGAAGCCGCUCUCGGCGUUUGAGCAAAAGUUGAAGAAUAAGAAACCGAUUUCGACUGAUCCGAAAACGUUCGAUCCAGACACGGUUUUGAAAAUUGACGAGGAUUUUUCCAAAAAAGCGAUGAGUUUAGGAUACGAGCUCGGGACGAUUAAACAUUCGGCGUACGCUUUGUUGGCGAUGGCGGGGCCGGGAGGAAUGACGGUGGCGAACAUUGUGAGCAUCGCGAAGCGGUUGGACUUGUAUAACUGGGGGACGUGCAAGACGCCGAAUAACUCAGUCACCGCGGCGUUAUCGCAAGAUGCGCACUUUCAAAGAGUUGCACCGAGUACGUACGCGUUAAAAGAACACGUACCGGACGAUUUGUGUACGGCGAGUAUCGCGCACAAGGCGGCGCACACAAAGAAGAAAGAAGAGAGACGCGAGACGGGGAGAAACGCGACGACGACGAGUUCGGGUGGAGGUGAUUUCAACAUGAUGGGAGGUGGUGGAGGAGGACACACGAAACUUCAAGACCGAAACUAUCAUCACCAGAAAGCCGUGGAGCAAGCGAAGAAGAGAAAAGCGGUGGCGAUGUAUGAAUCGGAGGAGGAUGAGUAUUUCGAUGGACCGGCGUUUCUCUUUCGAGCGCGCUCGGAAACGAGAGAUCAAGAAAACUCAGAAGAAGAAAACGAAGAUCGAUACGACGAGAGAAGAGAAAAUUAUCACACUCGAAGAAUACAGCACGAAGAGGAGCCACCUUUUGCGUACAAAGAUGUCGCCGAACGUUUAGCUUUGGAGUGUUUUCGUCGAAGAGCGGAUUUACAGCCGGAGAUUUAUAGAAACUGCCAACUUCCUUCGUCGUCCGCCGGGUCGGGCGACGGAGAGCGAACGCCGAUGAAUGCGGCGCGAGCAGAUUCCGAUAAUAUCGUCAGCAAAAAAAACGCACCGAAUACGGUGGAACACAUGGUGAAUGAGCCGAACGAGCCGGUGAACUGCGACGCGACCGUGGCGGCGUCGUGUUUGGCCUUCUUCCCGGCGGUGAGUACGCCCGGCAUCGUGGCGACGAGGCAAAGAGACGCGAUAUGCGCGACGCCGCCGGAACCGACCGAAGCCUUUUCGCGAGCGAAUUUGUGGAAGAAUGAAGUCGGAUUGGUGAAACAAUUAGAAGGGUUCGAAGCUAUUAAUGGUGGCCUCGUCGCACAGAGAGGUGGUUUGAGCGCGUCUUCUUCUCAACAACAACAACAAAGAAAGAAGACGACCGUAGCGAACAAGAGAUCAAAACUUGGAGAGAAGAAAGAAAAGCAACAACAACAAAACAAAGUGGCGGCGAAGAUUAAGAAGUCGAGCAGCGAUAAUUCCAUGAAAUCACGAAGCGCGAGUGGAGAAGAGACGUGUUAUCAUCGACUCCCUCGAUGGGUUUUGGAUCAAUACAUGGAGUCUCACAACGUCGCCGCCAACCAGUAA